AUGACUGUUGACAAGCACUCUGAACAUGCUCCCUUCCCUACGGCUUCCCAACCUACACCCGCCAUUAUGCCGAACCACAACGCCUGGAACAUGGAUGAAUCCACUCGCAACAAACUUUUGAAGAAAUACAAAACACAGGUGGCUUCAGCGACAUCGACUGUGUGCGCGACCUUGGCGGUGACUCCCCUGGAAAAUGUGAAGACACGCAUGCAAACCCAUAAUUUCAAGAACAUUUUCCAGUGCAUUCGCUACCUGUGGCGGACUGAGGGUCCCCGUGGUUACGUAGCUGGUGCUCUUCCACCACUGGCGAGUGUGACUGCCGUCCGGGUCGUGAACUUUACCACCUAUAACUACGCUAAGCAUGCCAUUUCCGACCUUUUCCAGAGUAUCACUGGCGAGUCGCCUCUGGAUGAAUACAACAGGCCUGGAAGUACUCCUACCGUGACCGGUCUUCUAACUUUCACCACAGCCGGCCUGUUCGCAGGAUUAGUGGCCUCACCGCUUGCUUGCCCCUUUGAGCUAGCCAAGAACGUCGUCCAGACAUCUGUCUUGGUCUCCAAUCGUGCUCAGGCGGCCCCAGACGCCGCUCGGGAUCCCUCUCUGCGGAGCAAGCCUCGCCUGGGUACGAUUGAGGCCAUCCAGCAGAUCGUCAAGCGGCACGGGUUCCGUGGUCUCUACACUGGAUUCCGUCUGCAUGCUAUGCGUGACACUGUGGGUUCGGCGCUGUAUUUCAGCGUCUACGAAACAGUGAAGCAGGUGGCCGCUAAGGAGCUUGGAUCAGACAAGUCUCCCUUCGGCGCACCCGCAAUCGCGGGGGCUAUCUGCAGCACGGUGCCGUGGUUCUGUACCUAUCCUCUGGACACUCGUAAGACGCGGGCACAGAGCGUAUUACUGGGAAAGUCCAAAGAGAUCGGCGAGGCCUCCGUUGCUGUCGCCAAGUCCAGCAUGUACAAAGGUCUCUCGAUUAUUCUCAUCCGGACUGGCGUCAAUAAUAUGAUCCUUCUCAGCAUGUUCGAGUACAUCAAAAUGCGGAUCAAUGAGCUUCCGGCAUGA